AUGGCUGUGAUGCCUCCACCAAACAGUGUAAAUGGGUCAGAGAGGAGAUAUCUCGAAGAUGGCAUAUGGCAGCAUGGUCGUUUCUACGGGUCUUGGAAACCAGGCAAAUACUUGUUUCCCAUUGAUUCGGAAGAGUUAAAUCGCCUUGAUAUUUUCCACAAGGUUUUUCUUCUCGCUAGAGAUAACAAGCCGUUCCAAGCACCAAUUCAACGGAAAGCGCCCAGGAUGAUGGAUAUUGGUACCGGAACAGGCAUAUGGCCGAUCAACGUGGCAGAAGAAUGCUUCACAGACGCCCAGAUAAUGGCUGUCGAUCUAAACCAGAUCUUGCCAGCAUUGCACUUGGCCCCAGGCAUUGGCCACCUGGAACACAUUGAAGUUGAUUGGACACCCCGGUGUGACGAUGAUGAGCGUCCUGCGAAUUCCGCAUUUGAGAAGUGGGCAGAGCUUUUCUUUGACGGGAUGGACCGAUUCAACCGCAUCGCUAGAGUUGUGCCUCAAGAAACACGGCAGUUGCUUGAAGCCACAGGUUUCACAGAUGUGAAGCAGGAAAUGAUCCGUGCCUAUGUCUGCCCCUGGUCUUCUGACCGACAGGAGCGGGAGAUUGCCAGGUGGUUCAAUAUUGGACUAUCUCACAGCCUGGAAUCUUUGAGCCUGAAACCACUGGUUGAGAAACUUGGCUGGAAGCCCGAGGACGUUCCUAACACAUUUGCAGCUAUGUCUGGACAGCGAGGAAGCCUGGCCCGCCACAGUAAAGCCACGGCUUUGGCUCAGAAGAGAUUGCCAACGCAGGACACAAAUUCAGGGCAUAUUUCCAUGAAGCUCAUAAGCACCAUCUGA